AGAUUCCCUUUCAUCUAUCAUGUCCACCCUGCGACGGCGGAUUUUUGGCGGAGAUGGCGACACACCCGACGACUCACGCGAACCGAGCCCAGCGCCCGCGCCGAAGGAAGCUGGCGGAGAUGCCUUCAAGAUCAUAUCGAACGAGAAGCUGGACGCACUGCGAAAGAACGUGAAGCCCAAGAAUUCGAAGAGGAGGAAUGCCUGGAUAUUUGCAUUGGGAGGACUGUUCGGACUGGUUGUUGCAGGCUUCUUUGCGAGCAAAGAUGGAGGCUUGGACAAGCUUGUUGAAUUGGCGGGACUGGAGGACAUGAACUUGGACAAUCUAUACGAUGUGCUUCCCAAAGGACUCGUUCGUGAUGUGCAGAAUAUGCAGUCUUCCGAGAAAGAAGCCGUCGACUACGAUUCGUUCGCCGUUGGACUUCAUGCACAGAAAGAUGGAAUCGUGGCGAAGUACCCGGUGAUUAUGAUUCCCGGGGUCAUAUCGACAGGAUUGGAGAGCUGGGGCACAGAAGACGAGUCGAGACAAUACUUCCGAAAGAGACUGUGGGGAUCAUGGAGCAUGAUGAGAGCACUUAUACUUGACAAGCCGAGCUGGAAGAGGCAUAUCAUGCUGGACAAGACGACGGGAAUGGAUCCACCCGGGAUCAAGUUGCGUGCCGCUCAAGGCUUUGAUGCUGCAGACUUCUUCAUCACGGGAUACUGGAUUUGGAACAAGAUUCUGGAGAAUCUGGCGACGAUAGGCUACGAUCCGACGAAUGCUUUCACGGCUGCAUACGACUGGCGAAUGAGCUAUCUGAACUAUGAGAAACGGGACCAGUACUUUACACGGUUGAAGAAUCACAUUGAGGUUGCAAAGCAGAUCAAGGGAGAGAAGGCGGUUUUGCUGUCACAUUCCAUGGGUUCUCAAGUCCUGUUCUACUUCUUUCAUUGGGUCGAGGCCGAGGGCUACGGAAAUGGAGGUUCUUCGUGGGUGGACGACCAUAUCGAGGCUUGGAUCAACAUUUCCGGGUGCAUGCUCGGUGCCACCAAAGGAGUGCCUGCAGUGCUCUCCGGCGAGAUGAGAGAUACGGCUCAACUGAAUGCCUUUGCUGUAUACGGAUUGGAAAAGUUCUUGUCCCGACAAGAGCGAGCCGAGAUCUUCCGUGCAAUGCCCGGCAUCAGCAGCAUGCUUCCAAUCGGCGGAGAUGCCGUCUGGGGCGAUGAGACUGGAGCGCCGGAUGAUCAGCCGGGACAGAAUGUCACAUACGGCAAAUUCAUCAGCUGGAAGGAGUCCAACGGCACCUUGACGCCGAGGAACCUGACUGUGGGCGAUUCGAUUCCGUAUUUGUUCACCCAGACGGAAGAAUGGUACAAGGACUCGACGCAACGCAGCUACAGCCAGGGUGUCGCUCACAGCAAAAAAGUCGUCGAUGACAACGAGAAGAUUCCAGCAAAAUGGAUGAACCCUCUCGAGACGAGACUACCUCUGGCGCCCAACAUGAAAAUCUUCUGUUUCUACGGUAUUGGCAAGCCGACUGAGCGUGCCUACUACUACCGUGAGGAGACUGAUACAUCUAACAACGCUACUUUCCCCACGAUCGACACUGGUGUUACAUCCUCCGACGGCUUCAGCGACCAUGGCGUCAUCAUGGGAGAGGGCGACGGCACUGUCAAUCUGCUUUCCACCGGAUACAUGUGCAACAAAGGCUGGAAGCUCAAACGCUACAACCCAGCGAACAUACCCAUCAUCGCCUAUGAGAUGCCUCAUGAACCGGACCGCUUUAACCCUCGCGGCGGACCCAAUACCGCCGACCACGUCGAUAUUCUCGGCCGCUCCUCGCUCAACGAUCUGAUCUUGCGGAUAGCGGGUGGCAAGGGACACUUAGUGCAAGAUACGAUAUUCUCGAAUAUCCGAGAGUAUGCUGAAAAGGUCAAGAUUUACCCUGAUGAGGAGGGCGAGGAGCGGGUUGGCGACUGGCAGGCAGAGACUCAUAAGCCGGAUGAAGAAAUUGUGGGAGGUGAUGCAGGAAAUCCCGAAGACUAG